AACCACUGCCACGACCAGCAGCAGCUCAACAGCCUCCAUGCCUGCUAUCACAUCCUCUUCACUCAGCACAACUUCAGAAACAGUCAGCACAGAAAACACAUCGACCAUGUUGACUCCCUCUCUCACUACAACUGUGCUCACCUCUGAAACACUCACUCCACCUACAACUGGCACCACAACCUCUGCUCCUACCAUUCUGGUUUCACUACAUCCCUCCCUGCUCAGUACAAAUUCAAGUAGUAGUCCUCCAAGUGACACCAUGACUUCAAGCCAAUCUACACAUAGCACCUCAUCUACUGUGAAGACUCCUGAGACAUCAGUGGUCACCAGUCAGACUCCUACCAGUCGUUCUUCUCCUACAACAACUUUCACCACUACUCAGAUGACGACACAGUCAACAGUCACCACCACACCAGUUAUUUGUAUCAAUGGGGGGAAACUGGAAGAUGGUCGAUGUGUCUGCCUAUCGGGUUUCUCUGGUGACCACUGUGAGCUUGAGAACAAGUGCCUAAAUGGUGGCAAGUGGGAUGGUGUCAAGUGCAUUUGCCCCAGCACCUUCUAUGGCUCCCUGUAUACUGUGGAUGCUGAAGUGGGCAUGGAGGUAUCCGUGGACAAAGAAUUCACUCCUGAACUCAAUGACAACACUUCCGAAGCCUACAUGGAAUUCACUACAUCCUUCCAGAAUCGGAUGAAGGAAGUUUAUAAAAAUGUGCCAGGGUUCCAGAAGGUGGAGAUCUUAGGUCUAAGAAAUGGCAGCAUCGUGGUGGACUAUGUGGUCCUGCUGGAGUUGCCCUUCAGCCCUGAGCUGCAGACGGAGUAUGAGAAGGUGAUGGAGACAUUGGAGGAUGAGCUCCGAAAUGUCAGCCAGGAGGAGAACAGCUGCAAUAGUAGCCUGACGCUAUGUUUUAAGCCUGAUUCAGUCAAGGUGAACACCACCACCAGGACAGAGCUAUCCGCGGAAGCCAUCUGCCGCCGCACCGUUGCCCAGGGCUACGAGAAUUUCUACUUCCCCUUGAUUGAGGGAAAGCAGCUCCGCUGUGUCAGCAAUUGCACUUCAGGCGUGGAGGGCGCCAUCGACUGCCACCAGGGCCAGUGUCUUCUGGAGAAGAGUGGUCCCACGUGCCGGUCCUGGGACGAGAAAUGGGCGGAGGUCUGGGAUGAGAACAACGUGGGCACGUUUACAAAUUCUGCCUUCGAGGACGACGGAGCUGGAGUGAACCAAAACUUCCAGAUAGCUUUGGAGAACAUGGACACCAAUACUAAAGUGCAGAUCCAAAGGCCCGAGGUGGCCACCUCCUGGACAUGA